GGGUGCUUUUCGGUACUUUUUGCUGCGCAUGGGCGCAGAACGUCUCCUUGAGCUCAGGGUGCAUCGCUAGCUCACCAUGGGAAAGAACCAACACAGCAAGGACAUGCUGCACCUGCGGCCCACGGAGUGGGCGCAGGAUGGUCGAGGCUUUAAGGCGGCCAAGUGGACACCCUUCUCCAAGCUGCCGCUGAAUUGUUGCUUUCUCUCCCUGCAGCCCUUCGACCGGCCGGUGGGCACUCGGGAUGGUUCCGUCUUCGAGAUCGCCCACAUCUUGAAGUACAUCAAGAAGUACGGGCAGCACCCGGUGCACGGGGGCAAGCUGGAGGUGAAGGACUUGGUGCCUUUGCACUUCCACAGAAAUGCCCAGGGAGAUUUGCACUGUCCAGUGACCUUCAAGGUCCUGGGCAACAACACAGCGGUUUGCGCCAACCUGUCGUCCGGCCACGUGUACUGCAUGGAGGCGGUGCUAGAGCUCAACAAGAAGAACAAGAAUUGGCUAUACUUUCACGCCUCCGGCUCAGGCCGUCGACAUUACAGGAAGGACUUGAUGACAAGCCAGCCCUUCAAAUGGACAGACAUCGUUCUGCUUCAAGACCCGGACCAGCUAGAUGGCCGGGAGGUGUCGAAGUUCCACUUCAUGGUGAUGGGGCAGCAGGACGAAGUGGUCAGGGAGAUCACGAAUCCGGAAAGCAAGGUGAAUGACAACAAGGAGGACAAGCUCCGGCCCAAUGCAGCGGUGGAGCGGAUCUUCGCGGAGAAGGAGCGCCUGGCGGAGAAGAAGGUGCAGGAGGCGGCUGAGAAGGCGGCAGCAGAUCCGGAGGCGGCGGCAGCGGAGGAGGCCAAGGCCAAGGCUGCAGCGGAGGCCAAGCAGAAACUCCAAGAGGCCCAAGAGCGCAGGAAGUUCAACGAACGCUACACCUCCAACGAGGUGGGGGCGUCCUUCACCUCUACUGCCGUGCCGGUGAAGUCCAACAACCAGUUGCGGAAGCUCACGGAGGAGGAGGAGCUGCAGGACAUAUACGACCAGGUCCGCAAGAAGAAGCAGAAGGGCUACGUGCGGAUGGUGACCACCGUGGGUUGCCUCAACCUGGAGAUCCACUGCAACAUCGCUCCCCGAACCAGCGACAACUUUCUUCGCCUUUGUGAGAAGAGCUACUACAACAACACGAUCUUCCAUCGGCUUAUCCACAACUUCAUGCUGCAGGGCGGGGAUCCCACCGGCACGGGCCGCGGCGGCGAGAGCGCCUUUGAAGGCGGCAAGCAGUUCAAGGACGAAUUCGACUCGCGGUUAGUGCACCAGGGCCCCGGGGUGGUCAGCAUGGCCAACAACGGGAAGAACACCAACAGGAGUCAGUUCUUCGUGUCGCUCAAGUCUUGCGAGCACCUCAACAACAAGCACUCUGUGUUUGGGAAGGUGGUCGGCGGGCUGAACCUCCUGGAGGUGCUCAACAAAUGGGAGGUGGACGCCAAGGACAAGCCGGUGAAGGAGAUCAAGCUCCUGCGCACCGAGGUCUUCAAGAACCCCUUCCAGGAGGUCAUCGAUGAAAUGAACACGCCCAAGGUGGAAAAGGUGGUGGAUCCUGCGGCCACCUGGUUCAGCAACCGGAGAGACCCCAUGCAGGACCACAAGAAUCGGAACUCCAGCCAGGUUGGAAAGUACCUGGAUGAUCUCCCGGCCCUGCCGGGAGAGAAGCGCAAGAGCGAGGACAUGCCGAACGAGGAGGUGGAAUACGCCAAUGUCACCCAGAAGUCCAAGCGAAUCCGGACAGACUUUGACUUCUCAUCGUGGUGAGCGCCACGGAGUUUCACCGGUUCGUGCGGGAAGAGGGCGCGGGCGCUGUGUGGUUUCUUGGGUACCCUUUCGGGGUUGCUGGGCUGGAAAGCCAAGACUAAGAGAAACUGAAGCCCAUUGCAGUCAUGCGGAGACAAAUCCACAUGUCCGCAG